GAUGAUACUAUGAAGUUCCACAGUACACGCCAAUUGCUUACCGGUACUGCUGCUUUGUUUGCUAAAUCCCUAGACGUUACAACAUAUCAUGAGUUGAAAAACCAUCUGAUACAAAAUUUCGGCACAACCACAUCUUUAGAGAGUGUAUACAAGCAACUGAGAGGACGACGACUUGCACGAAACGAACCCGUCAUAAGGUAUAUUUUGGACAUGCAAGCUAUGGCAUGCGAUGUACCCAUCCCAGAAAUGGAUUUAAUUAAUAUUAUCAUCGAUGGAAUCGGUGAUCCCAUCAACGAGGCAUGGAUUAGAUUUUCUGCAAAAUCUAUGGGCGAUUUAAAACAACUGCUGAAAAGAUAUGAGGAGAUUCGUCCACGUAAUGCUGCCACACCAUCAUCAUCAGGGUCCAUCUGCCAGCCGUUAGGAUCAUCAAGCAACCAACAAAGUGAAGUAAGAUGCUACAACUGUUCGAAAUUCGGGCAUUAUAAAAGUUCCUGCCCAAUGCCGCGUAGACCACCAGGAUCGUGCUUCAAAUGUCACCAAGCUGGACACGCUGCUCGUAAUUGCCCGAACAACAUAAUCAUUCCAUCGGCAGCAGCUCAUCACUCAGUUCAGGAUAACGUACAGCAGGAAACAUUUAAUACGGAUCUAGAAGAAUUUCAACAGGAAGCCCAGUGAGCUUUAUAGAUUCUGCUGUAGUGCCCAAAACUCUUUUGCAACCACCUUCAAUUUCACUAUAUCAGGGACUCGGAAACCAGAGAUUAGUCGUCUGUGGUGAGGUGUUAUGCCAAGUCAAGUUUCAGAAGAAUCAAUUAGAACAUCCAUUUAUUAUCCUACCCAGUGAAAGUAUUGCUUGGCCGAUGAUCAUAGGUCGUGAUCUAUUAAAAAAAUGUAAUAUUUUUCUUUGUCAACGCAAUUUAAACAAUGAAUUCAAUAAAGAAAAUCUCACUCCUAACAGCGAUGUAUGCAUGUCUUCACCUGCUCACAGUAUUUCGUUGGCUCAAUAUACACUAGAAUCAAUACCGACUAAGCUAGAAAGACUAUGUCCUGAAGAGUAUCAUGACAGUCAAAGUGAGGCAUUUGCAGAAAUUUGUGCUAUUGAUUUACCUGACGUGAAUGAAGUGGAAGAAUUAAAAAUAGGCAAACAUAUUAGUAGCGAUGAAAAUACUGCUCUAUUAAGUUCCAUUCAUCAAAAUUACAUUAAUUACCCGCCUGAUAAAAUCAUUUCACCCGAUCAUAGAAUGAAAAUCAGUCUUAUUCAUGAUAUGCCUCUAUAUACAAAACCUCGCCGAUUGUCUUACGGAGUACGGAAUCAAGUACGAGAAAUAGUAAAUGAUCUUUUAGAAAAAAAAAAUUAUUCGUCCCAGUAAUUCGCCAUAUGCCUCGGCACUUGUUUUAGUUAGAAAGAAGAACGGAGAAAUCCGUAUGUGUAUUGAUUUCAGACCUCUUAAUAAAAUUACGAUCCGAGAUAAUUUCCCCCUGCCGUUGAUCGAGACAUGUCUAGAGCAUUUGAGUAAUAAACGAGUUUUUUCUCUGCUGGAUCUAAAAGGCGGCUUUCACCAAGUAAAAAUGCACGAGGAUUCCACCAAGUAUACUUCCUUUGUGACUCCUGAUGGUCAGUAUGAGUAUCUUAAAAUGCCUUUCGGAUUGAAAAAUGCUCCUUCUGAGUUUCAACGUUUCAUCAACACGAUACUCCGGGAAUUUAUCGAAGCAGAUAAACUAGUUGUAUAUCUAGACGAUAUUAUAAUUGCUUCAACGGAUUUUAAGUCCCAUUUGAACACACUUAGUGCCGUCCUUAGAAAAAUACGACAUAACGGAUUGGAGCUUCGACUAGACAAAUGUCAGUUUGCUCAACAAGAACUGGAUUACUUGGGGUAUAGAGCAAAUUCAUGUGGAAUACGCCCUAGCGAUAGGCAUAUAACGGCUAUAAAAAAUUAUCCUAUGCCAACAAAUACCAAACAAGUACGAAGGUGCUUGGGACUUUUCUCCUAUUUUCGCAAAUUUGUCCCUUCCUUUUCCAACAUAGCAAAACCCUUGACCAAUUUAUUGCAAAAUGAUAAGCGUUUUGAGUUUGAUUCAUCAUGUGAAGAAGCAUUCUGUUCGCUACGUGACAAACUUAUACAGUCUCCUGUCUUGGCAAUUUUUGAUCCGAAGCGUGAAACGGAACUACACUGCGAUGCCAGUUCUUCUGGUUUUGGAGCAGUUCUAUUACAAAAACAAGAUGAUGGAAAAUUCCAUCCUCUAGCUUUUUUUCUCUAAAAACACAACAAAAGAUGAAGCUAAGCUUCACAGUUAUGAAUUGGAAACGCUUUCUAUUAUAUACGCAUUAAAACGAUUUCACGUUUAUGUCCACGGAAUUCCGAUAAAAAUCAUCACAGACUGUAAUUCACUUGUAGAAACCCUUAAAAAUCGUAAUUCCUCUGCAAAAAUUGCUCGAUGGUCGCUUUUUCUCGAAAAUUAUGAAUACUCCAUCCAACAUCGUUCUGGUGCUUCAAUGUGUCAUGUCGAUGCCCUGAGCAGACUGCAAGCUAAUUGUGCUGUUCAUGAAAUUGAUUUAGAUUUUCAAUUGCAAUUAGCUCAAGCGAGAGAUCGUGCUAUUGAACAGAUGAAGUCCAAGUUGGAGCUAGGAGCUGUUGAUGGUUAUACGUUGCAAGAUGGAUUAGUGUAUCGAGAAUCUCCAACCAAGGGACUUCAACUGUAUGUGCCUCAUGAGAUGAUAGAUAACAUCAUUCGACAUACCCAUGAAAAGAUCGGCCACUUAGCAGUAGAUAAGACAUGUGACAAAAUAAGCAAUCAUUACUGGUUUCCUUGUAUGAAGCCUCGAGUGGAACAUUAUAUAAGAAAUUG